GAACAAUCGGUUAGUCACAAGGAAGUUCUCAUAAAAGAUUAAGAAGCUGAAUUUCAAAUACGACACAUACUGUAUAAUAGAGAAUCUCUUUAGAGCAACAUAGAAGCUGAAGCCUCCAAUACAAUCAGCGACUGGAAUGAAGAAGUAAAUAUCCCUGAAUACAAAAAUAAUGGAGAAUUUUACACUUUUUGAUUCCUUGGUAAAUACCACCUUUUAUACAUAUGAUUAUGAUAAAAACUAUCAAGUCACGGAAAACUAUGGAAAAGGUGGCAAUAAUAAAUCCAUGACGUAUGAAGCCAUAUGUAUUGCGGUGAUCUGCCUUACAUUUUGUUUUCUGGGAAUCAUUGGAAAUGGUCUUGUCAUCUGGUUUGGCAUCUUCAGGAUGAAGAAGACAGUCAAUGUGGUGUUUUUCCUCAGCUUAGCCAUAGCAGAUUUCUCGUUUGCAUUAUUCCUUCCUUUGAACAUUACACAAAUUAUAUUAGGAUAUUGGCCAUUUGAAAAAUUUAUAUGCAAGCUAAUCCAUGUGCUACUGUCUCUGAACAUGCUCGUCAGCAUCCUCCAGCUCACGUUCAUCAGUGUAGAUCGAUGCAUCUGUGUUGUGUUCCCGGUAUGGUGUCACAACCAUCGGAGGCCAAGAUUAGCUUUAAUCAUUGUCCUGAUCAUCUGGACAAUUUCAUGUGCUAUGGCUUUAUCUUAUUCAAAAAUUUUAAACAUAUCUUAUAUAGAUCCAAUAUGUACUUUCAUAAUUGAGGAAUCUAUCCUCAUGAGGACAACAGUCUUGAACUUUGUUUUCUUCUUUCUUCAACCCUUUAUCAUCAUUGUCUCCUGUUACAUUAUGAUUGUUUUGCAGCUCAUAAAGAAACAAACCUUCAUAUCUUCUAAGCCUUUUAAAACCAUUGUGGCCGUCAUCAUUGCCUUCUUUGUCUGCUGGUUUCCAUAUCAUUUGUUUUCCCUUCUUUUUCUUUUUGAAAGAAGUAACCUCAAUAUCUAUGUGUUGUAUUAUGGAGCUGUAAUUGCAUUUGCCCUAGUAAUCAUGAAUUCUUGUAUUAACCCCAUUCUCUACGUCUUCAUCGGCCGAGAUUUCAAGGAGAAUUUCUGUGGCUCGUUCCAAGCUACGUUGGUGAAAGCAUUUAUAGAAAAGGACGAGUUGGACUCUGAGAAACAAGAAAGGCAUGUAGCUCGUCCAACGUUACAUCAAGUUUCUGAAAAGGAAGUUGUCAUUUGAUUAACCACACUCAAUAUUAAAUGUAUUAUUUUUUGACCAAGACGGAAAAUUUUAAGCUAAGCUA